CACUCAACAUUUCGGGUACAUAUUUAUCAUCUGCAGCAUUUUAUUUUUUUACGCGUCCAACGCAUCCUUUCAACAUGGAGGAUGAAGAGCUCGAAUUCCAAGAUAACUUUAAGUUUGGCAUUAAACAAGAACCCGAAUUAGAUUUAAAUGCUGAUGAGCCACCUGUGGAACUCAACGAUACGUGGGACCAAACCGAAAUGCGUGCUGGACCGUCAGAGCCCGUCAACGGAGUUGCUGGAUCUCAGCCACAAGUGUCGGUACCUCAGUUCAAAAUCAUUUACCUCGCUGAAGAAGAGAACCGUGUCCAUAAGUGUGUCCAUUGCCACAAGGAGUUCGCUCAACCAGUGGAGCUUGAAAGCCAUUUACAGCUUUUCAACGAAACUGUGUUCCAGUGUCCACAUUGCCCGGAGAAGUUCCAACAAAGAUGCCUUCUAAAAUUACACAUCGAAAAACAUGGUGGAUUCAAGUGCCCCGACUGUCCAAGAGAAUUCGAACAUAAAAUCGACCUAACCAAUCAUAUGAAAGCUCAUAUCGAUAUUGGGUACAAGUGUCCUUAUUGCUCCAGAGAGAUCUUGAGACAGCAUAAUUUUAUAAAACACCUAAUGAUGCAUUCCGGGGAGAGUCGCUUCAAGUGCCCACAUUGUCCCAAAUCAUUUGUUAGCUCCCAAAAUUUAAAAAUUCACCUCAAGAUACAUACGGGUGGCCAAACCCAGAUGAGCAAUGCUAAUAAUCAAGUGAGUACACCGACCGAAGAGCGACCAUUUCAAUGCUCCAUAUGCCAGAAGAGGUUUAAAAGAGUCGUGACUCUAAAAUGUCACGAACGUACUCAUAAUACGGGUCCACCCACAUUCGAGUGCCCCCAUUGCCCCAAGCUCUUUGCCCAGAAAGAGUAUCUGCGUUGUCAUGUCCGGACCCAUUCUGUGGGGGCGUUUAAAUGUUCGCAUUGCCACAAGUCCUUCAUGAAGAAUAGCUAUCUACAGAGGCAUAUGGCUUCACACCGAAAAAAUGCAACAUCUUGAGAAUGGCUAAGAAACCCAAACCCAACCCGAUCUUACAUCCUGACGUUAUUAUGAAAACACACAGUUAAGCAUAUAAUCGCGUACAUCAAAUGAAAAAUUCACAGAACUUCCAACUCUAGCCUUAAGCUUCUGGUUAAAUUUUGCAUAAAAAUUAUUGACAUUUCUAUAUAUAUAAAUUUUCAAAAUAUUUGAAAAUAUGUUUUGUCCUUACAAAUUUGUUGGUAAAGAAAAAUUGUUUCAUAUAAAUUGUAAAUUUUUUUUUAUUCUAAUUAUUUGCAUGUAUUUAAAUACAAUGAACUUUAUAUGUUUUAAAUGUCAACAAAUAGGUUUCAGUAACAUUCUAUAUAUUAUUGUAUCUUUUAAAGUUUUAUUCAUUAUUAUCAUUACUCUUGACCAAAAGUUUUAAUUGGUAUGGAGGUUUGGACUGUUUUCUGGAUUUUCUACUUUUGGUCUACAUCCGGAACUGAAUCCCUAUCAUAAAUUAACAAAAAUGAAAAUGAAGCUGUUGCUUUUCCCAUAAAGCGUAGUAAUACCAACGAAUAUUUGUAAUUGUCUUAUGAAUAUUUCCAUUAAUUAUGGCUGCUAUAAAAUUCGGCAGCCUGCUUAAUAGUUAAGCCAAAGUUUAAAAAUAAAGAGAAAAUAAAUGAAUAUUUUAAAAAUA